AUGGUCAAUUACGCCAACAUCACCUCUGCUCCUGGACGUCUGGCAUACCGAUUAUCAACCCCUCGUAACAGGGUAGCAACAGGUAUUGACCCAGCCUUCUCUAGCGUGCUCUUUUGCCACCCACCAUGGCUCGACCAUUACUUUUUUUGUCCUCAGCUAGACGACCCUAUCUUUUACAACGAAUACAACCUCGUCGCUAUCGAUAUGCCAGGGCACGGUAUGUCCUUGCUCAAAGAGCUUGCUGGGCUCUACUACGAAGUAUUGCAAGCGCUCAAGAUAGAAAAGAUACACCUGGUGGGCGGCGAUAUGGGAUCCCUAGCCCAUAUGCGUCUGGCUUUGGCGCACCCAGAGAUAGUUGAAAGUCUGACCAUGGUUGGUCCUCCUACACCCGUCGAGACUGACUUGGUCAUGAUGGGGUUUACAGAUUCUUCUAAGUGA